UAGACUUGUGCGCUCUCAUCCACCGUCGUCUAUCUUCGGGCCUGCGAUCCUUGGGCAUAAUCUGAACCCUUUCUCUACCAUGCCAGCCGCUAAAGUCAUUAGUGAGGAGCUUUUAGAUAACAAAGACGCAAAGUGGAUCCGUCUCAAGAAGAUCCACUACGCUGAUCAAGAUGGCAAGCACAGACUCUGGGAAUCUGCCGAGCGAACAACCCGCAAAGAUUCUGGAAUAGAUGGCGUCGCUGUCCUUGCUGUCCUUCGCUCUAAGACCAAGUCUUUCCCCCUCUCGACAGUCAUUAUAGAGCAAUACCGUCCUCCUCUCGACAACAUCGUCAUUGAACUACCUGCUGGCCUCGUCGAUGCAGGUGAAACAGCUGAGGCAGCUGCCAUUCGAGAGCUGAGGGAGGAGACAGGAUACGAGGCCGAUAUGACCACCGAACCUGAGUCUUCGCCGAUCGUCGUCAGCGACCCAGGAAUGACCAAUGCCAACAUGAAACUCGUAGUAGUAAGUGUCCUCCUGGAAGAUCAACUCGAAACACCUACCCCGCACCUUGAUGAUGGCGAACAUAUUGUUACCCGUGUCGUAGAGCUAGAUAAACUUGAUGCUGAGCUCAAAGCAUACGACAAGAAGGGCUUUGCAGUAGAUGCCAGGCUCUCUCACUUCGCUGCUGGCUAUGCAAUGGCGAAGAGGAUAUGUAGUGGCGCAUUUCCCUGAGAAUGGUGUUCUGACGAACUUGGUCUCCUCAAAUGAUAAAAUGAUAGAGAAACUUAGUAUUUCCAGCCUUCAGCCUAGCAACAUGUAGA